AUGUCUACUGCCGUCGAAGCUGACAAAUUCGAGAAAGACAACAAAACGAUCCGUGGGCAUCUUCUUAACCAUAUGAACGACUUUCUCUUUGAUCUCUUUGUAGUUCAAAAAUCUGCAAAGGUCAUUUGGGACACGUUAGAGUCUAGAUAUGGUGGGGAUGAUGCAGGCAGAAGGAAGUACGUCGUCGGUAAAUGGCUUCAAUUUCAAAUGUCAGACGACAAACCGGUGAUGGACCAGGUUCAUGAGUACGAAAACCUAGUGGCAAGUGUGUUGUCUGAAGGCAUGAAGAUGUGUGAGAUGCUUCAGGCCAAUGUGUUCAAGAAUAAAGGGAAGACAAUUGUAAGGGAUAGAGCUCAAAAGAACAAAGGUCUCCAACCUAAAAAUACUGGUGGAAGAAUCGAGAAAUCCAAACUAGUCUGCUAUGUCUGUGAAAAACCCGAGCACAAAUCCUAUCAGUGCACUCAGAAGAAAGAUAGGAUAGAUCAAAGAGCUACUCCACAAGCCAACCUUACAGAGACUGAUGAUAUCAUUACCACUGUGGUUGUAGAAACAAAUCUAGUAGAGAACAAAUCAGACUGGAUUCUUGACACGGGAGCAUCCAGACAUUUCUGCUCGAACCGUGACCUCUUCCAUGACUUCCAGGACUCUGCCGACGGUGAAUGUGUUUUCAUGGGAAACUCUGCCACAGUUGGAGUACUUGGGAAAGGGAAGGUUCUCUUGAAACUCACAUCUGGCAAAACUUUAUCAUUAAGUAAUGUGUUGUAUGUUCCUUCCCUGCGUAGGAAUCUGGUGUCAAGAGGUCUACUGAAUCGAGCCGGACUUAGGAUUGUGUUUAAGGCCAACAAGGUUAUUAUCACAAAAAAUGGUGACUUUGUUGGUAAGGGCUAUUUAGCAGAUGGUUUUUUUGUUCUCAACACUACUUCUUCAAAUGAAAUUAAUUCUAGUUCUGCUUACAUCGUUGAGUCUCUUGAUGUGUGA